UUUCAUUUUUAGCAACAAGAUUUUUAUGCCAACUGGCACUACCCCAUCUCCUAUUUCCCCUUCUGCUUAUUUAAAACAUCACACAUUCUUACCUCUUCCUUCAAGUCUCUAUCUUUAAACUCCUCAUACCAAGAAAUGGCAUCUAGCUCAAUGUCAGCAUCUAGCUCAUGGAGUGUUAAGGACAAUAAAGCCUUUGAAAGAGCUCUAGCUGUUUUCGACAAAGACGCUCCAGAUCGUUGGUACAAUGUGGCUCAUGCUGUUGGUGGAAAAACCCCAGAGGAAGUUAAGAAACACUAUGAACUUCUUGUUGAAGAUGUUAAGCGUAUUGAGUCGGGGAAAGUUCCGUUUCCAAAUUACAAGAAAAAUUCAGUCUCUCAAGAAGAGAAAAGGAUGAGGAACCUGAGCCUUCAUUGACCAACAACGGCAUCAACAACAAAACAUAUUAUCUUUUUUGUUUUUAACCAAUCAACAUGUUUUCAAGCACUGAGGAGGUGUUUUGUCUCACAAAGUGCUAAUGUAAUAGUAGCAUUAGAGUAUUAGUCAUAAGAAUCAUAUAUUUUACAAUGAUUCCAUUCUUAAUUUAAUGUCUUGUUGAAGCAGACUAGAAAAGAUAGCAACUGUUUCAGCUCCUUGUUCUAAAUAAAGGUGUAAUUUUGUUUUGCUUUA